UCUCAGAAGGGACACUUAAUGAACCACACAAGAACCCACACUGGUGAGAAACCGUUUGCCUGUUCAGAUUGUGGCCAAAUAUUCUCACAGAAGCAAAGCUUAAAAGUCCACUCAAGAGCCCACACUGGUGAUCAAACUUUUUCCUGCUCAGUCUGUGGUCAAAGAUUCUCGUGGAAGUCUCAGACGAAGAAUCACUUGUUUGCCUGUUCAGAUUGUGGCCAAAGAUUCUCGCAUAAGGGAGACUUAAAAAGACACACAAGAACCCACACUGGUGAGAAAGCCUUUUCCUGCUCAGUUUGUGGCAAAAGAUUUUCUGAGAAGAGAACCUUAAAAUUACACACAAGAAGCCACACUGGUGCCAAACCCCUUUCCUGCUCACAUUGUGGCCAAUGAUUCUCUCUGAAGAAACCCUUAGAAACUCACAUCAGAACACACACCGGCGAGAAACCGUUUUCCUGCUCAGUUUGUGGCCAAAGAUUCUUUCAAAGGGGAAACUUGGUGUCCCAUACAAGAACCCACACUGGUGAGAAACCUUUUGCUUGCUUAGUUUGUGGCCAAUCAUUCUCUCGUAAAGCAAUCUUAAAAACACACACCAGAACACACACUGGUGAGAAACCUUUUUCCUGCUCAGUUUGUGGCCAAAAAUUCUGUCAGCAGGCACACUUAAUUUCCCACACAAGAACCCACACAGGUGAGAAACCUUUUUCCUGUUCAGAUUGUGGUCAAAGAUUCUUUCGGAAGCAUCGCUUAAAAAGGCACACAAGAACCCACACUGGUGAGAAACCUUUUUCCUGUUCAGAUUGUGGUCAAAGAUUCUUUCGGAAGCAUCGCUUAAAAAGGCACACAAGAACCCACACUGGUGAGAAACGGUUUGCCUGUUCAGUUUAAUGCCAAAGAUUCUCUCAGAUGGGAAGCUUAAA